AUGCACGAGAAGAGCGGGCAAACACAGAGCGAGUCUAACUCCGACUUUCUCUGCUCUUCUCUCUCUCUCUCAUUUUUCAUUUCUCCUCCAGAUCUCGAAUCCCUCUACUUCGCUAACAGAAAAAUGGAGACGUUCCUAUUCACAUCUGAAUCCGUCAACGAAGGUCACCCAGACAAGCUCUGCGACCAAGUUUCCGACGCGAUCCUCGACGCCUGCUUAGAGCAAGACCCCGAGAGCAAAGUCGCCUGCGAGACAUGCACCAAGACCAACAUGGUGAUGGUGUUCGGCGAGAUCACAACCUCCGCGAAAGUAGACUACGAGAAGAUCGUCAGAUCCACUUGCAGGGAGAUUGGUUUCAUCUCCGCUGAUGUUGGCCUCGACGCCGACAAAUGCAACGUCUUGGUCAACAUUGAGCAACAGAGCCCCGACAUUGCUCAGGGAGUCCACGGUCAUUUGACCAAGAAGCCUGAAGACAUCGGAGCUGGUGACCAGGGACAUAUGUUCGGUUACGCCACCGAUGAGACACCUGAGCUCAUGCCGUUGACUCAUGUCCUCGCCACCAAGCUUGGUGCCAAGCUCACUGAAGUGAGGAAGAACAAGACUUGCCCUUGGUUGAGGCCUGACGGUAAGACUCAGGUCACCGUCGAGUACAAGAACGACGGUGGAGCUAUGAUUCCGAUCAGAGUCCACACCGUUCUCAUCUCGACUCAGCACGACGAAACCGUCACCAACGACGAGAUCGCUGCUGACUUGAAAGAGCAUGUGAUCAAGCCUGUGAUCCCUGCUAAGUACCUUGACGACAAGACCAUCUUCCACUUGAACCCGUCUGGUCGUUUCGUCAUCGGAGGACCUCACGGUGACGCUGGACUCACCGGGAGGAAGAUCAUCAUCGACACUUACGGUGGUUGGGGAGCUCACGGAGGAGGUGCUUUCUCAGGGAAGGACCCGACCAAGGUCGACAGAAGCGGUGCUUACAUCGUCAGGCAGGCUGCUAAGAGCGUGGUCGCAGCAGGACUCGCACGCCGCUGUAUCGUCCAGGUGUCAUACGCCAUUGGUGUCCCUGAGCCGCUCUCGGUGUUUGUUGACACGUACAAGACCGGGACCAUCCCGGACAAGGAGAUCCUUGUGUUGAUCAAGGAAGCUUUUGACUUCAGGCCAGGGAUGAUGGCGAUUAACCUCGACUUGAAGAGAGGAGGUAACUUCAGGUUCCAGAAAACCGCUGCGUAUGGACAUUUCGGGCGUGACGACCCUGACUUCACCUGGGAGGUGAUCAAGCCACUCAAGCCAAAGGCUUGA